AUGAAUAUCAGUGCGCUCGACCCGCGAACUGAUUUCUGUUCUGUUUGGAACCAUGCCGCACUUGUCUAUAGGAAUCAACUUUAUAUAGCCCAGGGCGAUGCAGCUUACAGGGUCGGUCAGGCGGCCUCAAGUUCUGAUGUCGUCCUCCAACAAGGACAUAACCCUUGGUUACGUUAUAUCUCCCUCGAUGAUUCGUUUUCCAUUACCGACUUUGGAAACCAAAUAUCUAUCGUUCCUUCACGUAUAUCCAGUAGAGACCUCCCACAACGGAAGAAUCCGUUGCUUUGGGAUAUUACAACCCCAGCAUUUUCGGAUGGCGGGAAUAGAGGAAUUAUUAUAUCCACUCUGGGCCUCCCGGUUGGCAAUAUUAGCGAAGCAGGCCGUGGAAAUUCCAUUUACUGGUCCUUGGCUGGUAAUCUCACGGAUGAAGCGAAUUUUGGAGAUUUUAAUCCACCGAGCGGCGCGUUUGAUAUCGACUCUCCCUUCUCAGACAAUACGAGAUUUUAUGCCUCCAGGAACAGCUAUUUCGAUAAUGAGUUAGGCUUCGGGUAUGUUGUGGGUGGAAUGGUAAACAAUACACCCACUGCUUCCUUUCUCACUUAUAGUCCCGGCUCGCCCGCAUGGCGAAACAAUACCUUGCCAUGGGGCACCACAGCUGGAGACGGAGCUAUGGGAACUUUUAAAGUCAACAAUCGCACCAUUCACGUAUAUACCGGAGGUGAAGUUAACGGUGUGAAUUCCGAUCUUGACAUAGCUCGGAUAUUUGAUUCACAAUCCAAUGCGUGGUACGACCAACCUUUAACCGGGUUUCAAGGAAGAAUACCAUCGCCUCGCCGGGGUUCGUGUACAACUGUGGUAGCGGCCCCAGACGGCUCUAGCUACCAAAUGCUUGUGUUUGGUGGCAUCUCUGACGACGAAGGCACAUCACCUUUCUCAGAGCUAUGGGCAUUGAAUAUACCCACGUUUACUUGGGUUCUCUUGGAUAACUCCGCGACAUCUGGCAAUACCCCACAUAUUCCUGGUGGACGAUUCGGUUCAUCUUGUCACUUGAUCAAAGGGAACAAAUUGAUGGUUUUUGGAGGAUCCAAAGUCAGAGAGGUGCAAGCCAUCACAGGGCCUCUAAAUUGCGACGUCAAUGCAGGUGCAGGAUUUGUCAUGGAUUUAAACAAUGCCACAUGGCUAGAAACCUAUGACGGUCGGCAAGCGGACUAUACAGUACCCGAGAGAGUCCGAGCAGUUAUUGGCGGCGGUCCUACUGGUGGUGCGACUAUGGGACAACCUGUAGACGGCUUCGCAGACCCUACGCUAUCGGAAAUUCUCAGGGUGCCCAUCAGUACCGGCUCCCCCAGCUCAACGCCAACAGGGUCCGGGGAUCCUCCAGCCCCAACAUCUGGUUCCGGCGGGGGUGGGAUAUCUACAGGGGCUAUUGCUGGAAUUGCAGUUGCUGUCGUACUCGUCGCCAUUGGAGGACUGUUCUUCCUGUGGAGAUGGAGAAGGAACAAAAAGGCCCAGAACUUGGAAGGCGACGGCCCGAACAACCUCAACGGAAAAUCCGAACUACCAGGUCUUUCAAAUGAGCUUGGAUACAACCAGCAAAAGAAGAUAUAUAAAGAUAACGCAGGCAAUGUUAUCACGCGGCAAGAGUUGGGAGGAGAUUCCGUCAACCCUAUGGAACUGCCUGCUGGAGAUCUAGACAGCCAGCAUGUUAUGGAGCUUCCUGCUAAAGAUCCGAUGCAUCCUGUUGAGCUCCCCGCCGAAGUACCAUUCGCCGAAGUACCAUUCGCCGAGCUUCCAGACCGACAGCUCCCAACGCCACCGGUUCCACCCAAGGCACCCGGAGCAUAA